AUGGCGCUGGCGGCGGCUCUGGGGGCGCUGCUGGCGGCGCUGGGGCUGGGGGCGCUCCUGGGGCCCCCCGGCCCCGCUCUGGGGGCGCUGCUGGCCGCUCUGGGCGUUCUGGGGGCGCUGCAGCGGCUCCUGCGGCCGCACCUCUGGGCCGAUCUCUCGUUCGCGCUGCGGGCGCUGCGGGUGCGGCGGCGGGCGCGGCGCGGCCCCGGGGGCUGCGUGGUGUCCCGGUUCCUGCGGGCGGCCCGCGAGGCUCCGGCGCGGCCGUUCCUGCGGUUCCGGGGACGGGCGGAGCCGCUGGGGAGCGCGGCGCGGAGCGUGGCCCGGGUGGCGAACGCGCUGCGGGCGCUGCGGGCCCCGCCGAGGCCCGGCGACACCGUGGGGCUGCUGGUCGGUAACGAGCCCCGGUUCGUCUGGGCAUGGUUCGGGCUGGCGGCGCUCGGAGCCCGCCCGGCCUUCCUGGGAACGGCGCUGAGACCGGCGGGGCUCCGGCACUGCCUGAGGAGCUGCGGGGCCACGGCGCUGCUGGUGGCGGAUGACCUGCUGGGCGCGGUGGCGCCGCUGCUGCCCGCGCUGCGGGAGGACGGGGUCGCCGUGUGGGUGCUCGGGCCGGGGCCGUGCCCCGAGGGUGCCCUGGCCCUGCAGGAGCUGCUGGACGCGGCCUCGGAGCAGCUGCGGCCCGAGGAGCUGUGGGAGCCCGAGGACAUGAACGAGCCGUGCCUGUUCAUCUUCACCUCGGGCACCACCGGGCUCCCCAAGGCCGCCCGCGUGUCCCACCUCAAGGCCGUCAUGUGCCUCAGCUUCUACGAGCUGGUGGGCGCGUCCAGCAGGGACGUGGUGUACCUGGCACUGCCCCUCUACCACAUGGCAGGGGCCCUGCUGGGCAUCGUGGGCUGCCUGGGCAUCGGAGCCACGUGUGUGCUGAAGGAGAAGUUCUCGGCCAGCCAGUUCUGGGAGGAUUGCCGCGCCGAGGGCGUCACCGUGUUCCAGUACAUCGGGGAGCUCUGCCGCUACCUCGUCAACCAGCCGCAGCGCCCCGCGGAACGGCAGCACCGGCUCCGGCUGGCCGUGGGCAGCGGGCUCCGGCCCGACGUGUGGCGCAGCUUCCAGCGGCGCUUCGGGCCCGUGCGCAUCGUGGAGACGUACGGCAUGAGCGAGGGCAACGUCACCCUGUUCAACUACACCGGCACCCCGGGCGCCGUGGGCCGCUGCUCCGCCCUCUACAAGCUCUUCUCCCCGUUCGAGGUCGUUCGUUACGACGUCGCUGCCGGGGCACCGGAGCGGGACGGGAACGGGCGCUGCAUCCGUGCCAGGAUGGGUGAGACGGGGCUGCUGAUCGCGCCGGUGACGCCCCGGACGCCGUUCCUGGGCUACGCGGGCUGCCGGGAGCUCUCGGAGCAGAAAUUGCUCCGCGGGGUCUUCACCGAGGGCGACGAAUUCUUCAACACCGGCGACCUGGUGGAGCAGGACCGGGAGCAGUUCGUGCGCUUCCGGGACCGCACCGGGGACACCUUCAGGUGGAAGGGUGAGAACGUGGCCACCACCGAGGUGACCGAGGCGCUGCUGGCCCACGAGUCCCUGCAGGACGCCACCGUCUACGGGGUCACCGUGCCCGGACACGAGGGCCGGGCGGGCAUGGCCGCUCUCGUUCUGCGCCCCGGGCACUCCCUGGACGGCCCCGGGCUGUACCGGCACCUGGAGCGGCUCCUGCCGCCCUACGCGCGGCCCCGCUUCCUGCGGCUGACGGAGGGGCUGGACAUGACGGAGACGUUCAAGCAGCAGAAGGUGCGGCUGGCGCGGGACGGCUGCGACCCCGCGCUGGUGGCGGAGCCGCUGCUGCUGCUGGACGAGGCCGCCCGAGCCUUCGUCCCGCUGGACGCCGAGCGCUGGCAGCGCCUCCGGGACGGCCGCAUCCGCAUCUGAGCCCGCGGCGGGGCCCCGUGUCUGUCCCGGGGGUCCCCGUGUCUGUCCCAGGGGUCCCCGUGUCUGUCCCGGGGGUCCCCGUGUCCAUUUUGGGGCUCCCCGUGUCUGUCCCGGGGGUCCCGUGUCUGUCCCGGGGGUCCCCGUGUCAAUUUUGAGGUCCC